UGUCUUCACUCAGGAUUCUGCUUCUGGGGAGGAGUGAUGACAAGAAGAGUACUGUGGGUAACAUGAUCCUACAGAAAGAAGCUUUUAGGCCUGCUUAUUUCUUCAAAUAUAAACAGCCAUGCGAUUCAGCCAGUGGGGAGGUGAAUGGCAAGUCUGUUACUGUUGUAAAGACUCCAGACUUCUUUGCUCUACCUCUGACUGUGCGGUCCCUGAUGGAGGAGAUGGAGAAUUGUAAGUACCUCUCUGCUCCUGGGCCUCAUGGGCUCUUGCUGGUGUUGAAGCCUGAGGACUUCACAGAGAAGAACAGAAACACAUUCAAGUUGAUCCUGAGCAUAUUUGGUAAAGAGGCCUUCAAGCACUCAAUGGUGAUCAUUACUCACGAGGGAGUCACAGGAAAUCCUCAUCUGAGACAAAUGAUCAAAGAAUGUGGAGGAAGGUAUCAUGAAAUGUACAAACAAGGAAGUGACCACAAAGAGUUAACUGAAAAGAUAGAAAAGAUGGUAGAGGAGAAUGAAUGGAGAUAUCUCACCUCCAAUGAAGAGACGACACAUGAUACCAUGACACCAAAGGCUCAGAGACUGAACGUGGUGCUGUGUGGCAGAAGAGGAGCUGGGAAGACUUCUACAGCCAAUGCCAUACUGGGUCAGACAGAGUCCAGUCCAAAGUCCAGCUCCUCCUCAGUGUGUGUGAAGAGAGAAGGAGAGGUGUGUGGUCGGCCGGUCACCCUCAUCGAGCUGCCUGCUCUGUAUGGAACACCUCUCACUCAGGAGGAAGUGAUGCGUGAGACUUUCCACUGUGUCUCUCUCUGUGACUCUGGAGUCCAUGCUUUCCUCCUGGUUGUACCUUUGGGUCCAAUCACUGAUGAAGACAAAGGAGAGUUGGAGACCAUCCAGAAGAUACUCAGCUCACGAGUCAAUGACUUUAUCAUGGUCCUGUUUAGACAGGAUUACAUUCCAGUUGAUAAAACUGCAGUUAACUUUGUGGAACAAAAUGCAGACACAAAGCAACUGAUCAAGAUGUGCGGAGGGCGAUAUAAAAUCUUUGAUGCUUUGAAGAUUGUUAACGCCAAGCAGAUGACAGAACUUGUAGCAGAAAUAGUCAAAAUGAGGGAGCAGAACAGAACCUGCUACACUCUGUACAUGUACAUGGAGGCUAAACACCAAUCAGAACUGGACCAAAACAGAAGAAUCAAGGAUUUAGAGGAGAGAAUCAGGAACAUGUCACAAGGUGCUGAAUUGGAGUGUUCCAGCACAGAGUGCAUAAGGGUGGUGCUGAUUGGGAAAACUGGAAAUGGGAAGAGCGCCUCCGCAAACACUAUCCUGGGCAGAAAGGAAUUUGAGUCUAAACCCAGCACUGAUUCUGUGACAACAGUUUGCAAGAAGGCAGUCGGCAAAGUUGAUGGAAGAACAGUUUCUGUGGUGGACACACCUGGACUUUUUGACACAACAUUGUCUAAUAAAGAUGUUCAGCAAGAGAUAGUGAAAUGUGUUUCCCUGUCAGCUCCUGGACCCCAUGUGUUUAUCAUAGUGUUGAGUAUCGGGAGAAUCACACAAGAGGAGCUGGACACUUUGGACCUCAUAGAGACAACCUUUGGUCCACGGGCAGGAAUGUUCUGCUUAGUUCUGUUUACUAGAGGAGAUGACUUGGGAAAGAAAUCAAUUCAAGAUUACAUUGGGAACAGCAAGAAUGCCAAACUGAAAAAACUGCUCAGAGAUUGUGGAGACAGAUUCCAUGUCUUCAACAACAAAGACAAAACUAACCACACACAGGUCACUGAGCUUCUUAAGAAGAUUAACAAAAUGGUGUCCAUGAACAAGGGCAGUUUCUACACCAAUGAGAUGUUCCAAGAGGCAGAGGCAUCCAUUAAACAAAAACAGGAAGCAAUACUGAAGGAGAGAGAGAUGGAGAUAAAGGCUGACAUGGAGAAACUGAAGGUCAGCCAUGAAACAGACAUGGAAAAGAUGAAGUCAAAGUUGGAAGAGGAGAGAUUGAAAGUUCAGGAGGAAAGACAUCUGAGAGAAAACAUGUUGAGAGAGAGAGAGGAAGCUAUUAGAAAAGAACAUGAAGACAAGGAGAAAGCAGAGAAGGAAGGAAGAGAGUUGGAGGACAAAAAAAGGAAAGAAGAUGAAAAGUUGAAAAAAGAAAUAUGGGACACAGAAAAAGAGAAGAUGGAAAAAGAGAUUAAAACUCACGAAAUAAAGUUGAAAACCCUCCAAAGAGAAAAGGAAGAAGAAUAUAACAUGAGGAUGGAAAAACUGAGAAAAGAAGAGAAAGACAGAGAAGAACAGCUUCAAAAUCAAGAAAGGAAGUUUGAUCAACUUAAAAGGGAACAGGAGGAAGAAAUUAAAAGGAGAGAGAAAGAAGAGGAUGAGAGGAGAAAGAAGGAAGAGAAAGUAAGACAAGAGUGGCAAAGCAAAAUAGAGGAAGCAGAGAAAGGUCAAACAGAUCUCCAAGAGGUCAUGCGUAGAGAAAAAGAGGCAUGGGAGGAACAGUUGAAGAAAGAAAGAGACAGACAACAGGAAGAAGAAAGGCUAAGGAGACAGAAGGAGGUAGAAACUCUUGUAGAACAGGAGGAAAAACAGAGGAGAUUGAGAGAGCAGUUUGAAAGAGAGAGGGAACAAGAUAGAAUAAAGAUGAAGCAAUCAGAAGAGCAGAGGAGAGAAAUAGAGCAGAAAGAAAGAGACCGAAUAGAAAAAGACUUUGAAGAAAAGAGGAGAGAGUUGACAGAGAAAAUGACAAUGCAACAAGAGCAGUGGGAGAGAGAACGUAAAGAGGAACAGGAAAGAAGAUUUCAAGAGGAUGUAAAUCGAGGAGUGGAGGAGAGACUAAGACUAAGAAAACUGGAGGAAACAUUUCAAGAAGAACGUGAAGAAGAAAACAGGAGGAAAGAGGAGGAAGAUAAAGUCAGGAGAGAUCAAGAAGAGAGGAAAUUGAAGGAAAUGAAGGCAGAUUAUGAAAGGAAAACAAAAGAAAAGAAGGAUACAUAUGAACAAGAGGCCAGAAGACAUGCAGAGGAAAUUAAUAACUUUAAAGAGAAAUAUGAAAAUGACAUCCAAAAACUAUCGGAUCAACUUGAAGAAGAGAAGGAUAAACUAAGACAAAAGCACAAAGAGGAGUGUGAUCGUUUAAAGGAUCAAUAUGCUGAUAAAAUGAAGGAAUUGGAGGAAAAACAGAAAGAAGAGAUAGAAAACAUGACAACGGUAAAGGGAAUCACUAAACAAGUGGUGAACAAAUGUACUAUGCAGUGAGAGUCUUAACUACAUGACAAUGUGCAUUAGUUUAAACUAGUCCCAUUCAAAUAAGGCUUAACCCUCUGAGACUGAAGGGUUUUCCCUAUGAUAUUUACUGCCCUAAUACAUAGAUUUGUUUUAAAAUAGUAAUAACAACAUUACUGAUGGAAAUGAAUAUGGAUAUACUGUAUGUAAAUACAACAUAGUACAUAAAAUGUCAAUACCUACUGGACAAUAAUGAUGAUGAUGAGGAGGAGGAUGAAGAUAGUGUAACAGCUGAAAUAGUAUAAAACUAAGAUCUUUGCUCCACGUUCCUUUAACAACAGUGUUGUAAAUCACAUGUUUAAACUGCUAUAGCUAUAGAACGAUAACUAUAAAUGCGCAGAAUGUUCACCUGUACUAUCCCAGAGAAAUUGGCAGAGGCCGGACACCUGUACCUGCGUCCUAAAUAGUAGGCUGUUUGGGUAUGCAAAAAUAGGAAAUAUAUAGUAGCCUAUGUGUCACAUCCUGACCAGUAUUAGGGAUUAUUUGUAAUUGUAGUUUGGUCAGGACGUGGCAGAGGGUAUUUGUUGUAUGUGGUCCAGGGGUUAUGUGUAGUGUAGAGGGGUGUUAUAUUUAUGUGUUCCGGGGUUUGGGUGUAUGUUCUGGUUUUUGGUUGUCUAGGGUUUUUCUGCUUUGUGUAUUUCUUUGUUGUCUGUGUGGCUCUCGAUCAGGAACAGCUGUACUUCGUUGUUCCUGAUUGAGAGUCAUAUAUUAGGAGCUUGUUUUCACCUGGGUUUUUCGUUAUUUAAUAAAUAUGAUGUUGAGCAAGCAAUCCGCUGCUCUUUGGUCUUCUCUACAGUACGACAACUGUGACACUAUGUGAAAUUUCUUGCCUACUAAUUACUAAAACGACAUACUGUGUACUAAUCAUACUACAUACUAGAUAGAACGUAUCGUUUAGUAAAAACACAUUCAGAAAGCAACAAAUGUCAACAUACUACUUAUCCGUACUGAGAAGGCUUCAUCUAAUGCGCAAUCGCGAUUGUCCCCCUCCCUUGGUUUAUUUUUGUAGAGUGCGUCCCCUAUUCUGAUUACCAGCUGUUGUCAAACACACUUGUGAGAAGACGAUUCUCUUCCUCAAUAGGGUGCAGUGAAUUCUACUAGAUGAAAUGCCAAAUGAGUAUGACAUCCUGGCAUUUAAGCAUGCUCGAUGUUUGAAAUUUCAACAUACUAUAAAACUCUCUUUUCACGUACACAAAAAGCCUACUAUGUAGACCGGAAGUGUGGGUAUUCGGACACAGCGUAUGUUUUAAAUACAAGGAUGUCAUUCUCAUUUCGGCUAAGAAUUCGAUGCAUGCUAUUGAGGAAGAGAAUCAUCUUUUUAGACCCAGUUGAGUUUGACAACAGCUGCAAAUAAGAUCAGGGGACGUGUUGUACCAAAAUGAAUGUAUGGCAGUAAACAACGCAAUUGGGCAUUAGAUCAGUUUCCCAACCCCAGUCCUCCAGUACCCCCAAGAGCACAAAUUUUUAUUGUAGCCCCGGACAAAAACACCUGAUUAACACUUGUCAAGGGCUUGAUGAUUAGAUGACAAGUAGAAUAAGGUGUACUUGUCUGUGGGCCACAGAAAUAUGGUCCUACUUCUGGUUGUACUUGAGGACCGGAAUUGGGAAACACUGCAUUAGAUGACACAUUCUCAGUAUGUAUGUAUGAUCCUAGUAUGUAUGUAUGUAUGUAUGUAUGUAUGUAUGUAUGUAUGUAUGUAUGUAUGUAUGUAUGUAUGUAUGUAUGUAUGUAUGUAUGUAUGUAUGUAUGUAUGUAUGUAUGUAUGUAUGAUCCUAGUAUGUAUGUCCUAGUAUGUAUGAUCCUAGUAUGUAUGAUCCUAGUAUGUAUGAUCCUAGUAUGUAUGAUCCUAGUACGUUUAUAUUUGUUGCUUACAGCAUUCAUUUUUUUACUUAACAGUACAUUUUAAUUAGUAUUUAGUAUGAUUACAGAUUUCGUACACCCAUUGCCUUCCUGGCCUGUACUAGCAGCCACUGCCUUGCUUUUAUUUGUUGAUUUCAUAUGUUUAACUUUUAUAUACGUGACUGUGCUUUAUAUAUCCUGAUGCUAUUUCUGCCUUUUGUGCUGUUCACACCAGAGAAUAACAGACAAAAGAGACAUAUAUCAACACAUUUGUUAAUUAUUGAUUUAUGUCAGUUAACAACUGUUCCCAGAUCUCAAUUUCUUGUAGUCCAUGGACAUGUCUGAAUACCCGUUCUUGCAUUCUAAAUAUUUAGACUGAUUGGGUGUGUGAAAAUAGAAUGUUUUAUAGUAGACUAUGUGAAAUGUAUAGUAGACUAUGUGAAAUGUAUAGUAGACUAUGUGAAAUGAUUAUUAAAGGUCCAGUGCACUACAAAAAAAAAUAAAAAAUUGUU